UCUGCCGCUCCACCUAAUUAAGCAGCUUCUACACUAUAUAUGUUUUUCUUUUCUUUUUUGGAUUUGGUAUUGUUAUUAUUAUGUACAUUUUAUCAAACUUCUUCAACACGUGGAGUGAUGCAUCAAAAAGCACUUGUGUCUACAUGCUUCAACUAAAGGCUAAUUAUUCAACAAACACUUUCAAUUUUGGCUCAAGAUAUCAGAAACCCUUCCAUCCACACUCUGAGAGGAAUAUCAGCCAUUGAUGGUCGUCUUUUAUAUUCAAGAUUCAGAAUAAUAGCUAUACGCAAAUGCAUGAUGUGUCUUCAAAGAGAAUAAUGAGUUCAUGAGAGAAAUUUGAGAAGAAGAAGAAGAAGAAGAAGAAGAAAUGGAGGGUUUUAUGAUCUUUAGUGCAAUGAUAAUGGUGGAGAUUAUGGAUGUGAUCACAUCAACACUGAGCAAAGCUGCCAUGUCCAAAGGAAUGAACAACUUGGUUUUUGCUGUCUAUUCUAAUUCUCUUUCCACUUUCAUCUUUCUUCCUUUUCUCCUCUUUUCUGGAUUCAGAGAUAAACAGGUCGCACCUCUGUCUUUCUAUAUGAUCCUUGGCUUCUCUCUCCUUGGCCUUAAUGGGAGUGUGGGGCAGAUGAUGGCAUAUACAGGAAUAAAGUAUAGCUCACCAGUUCUUUUAUCAGCACUCUCAAAUCUCAUUCCCAUUUUCACCUUUCUUCUUGCUCUUCUUUUCAGAAUGGAGAAGGUUGAUUUGAGGAGAAGCAGUGGGAAAGCCAUAUGUGUUGGAACUAUUUUGGCUGUUUCAGGAGCUUCCUUAAUAACUUUAUUCAAAGGCCCAUUGUUACUCAAUCAUAUCUCUUCUUCUAAUUCCUUUGAGAAACAAGAAGAAGAUGAUGAUCAUCAUCAUAUACUACUCUCGCACCAUUCAAGUUGGGUCCUGGGAGGUUUUCUCUUUCUAAUGGUGAGUUUACUCUCAGCAAAUUGGCACAUUGUUCAGACAUGGUUUGUUAAGAAGUACCCAACCAAAAAAAUUACAAAUCUAUUCUUCUUCACAUUAUCCAUGGCAGUCCAAACUGCAGUUUUCGCCAUCGUCGUCGAGAAAAACACAACUGCUUGGAAACUCCAACCCGACAUCGAAAUGGUCACUAUCGCAACCUUGGGUAUAGGGGGUGUGGUUCGUAUUGGAGUCCACAUAUGGUGCUUGCAAAGGAAGGGCCCUCUUUAUGUUGUAAUGUUCAAACCCCUUGGCAUGGUGGUUGCCAUCCCCUUGGUAGUCACAUUUCUUCAUGAACCACUCUAUCUUGGAAGUGUGAUUGGUUCCAUUGUGAUUGGGUGUGGGUUCUAUUGUGUGAUUUGGGGUCAGAUCAAACGAUUGGAUUUGACCUUACUGUCUUCUGCUUCUCACUCACAAUCGGGCUUUGAAGAAUCACCCUCGGCCCCUCUUUUGUCUCACCAACACUCUUAAAGUGCAUGUGUCACGACGAGUAACAAAAUGUUAAAACUACUGCAGUUUUCUAUAUAUUGAAAAAGUUGAAGAUUGUAAUGGGCUAAUUAAAUCUCUACUGCCAUCCGAUUAUCUAACAUCCUCUUCAACUUCUGCUACCAAUCGAACUAAUGAAAGCAAUGAUAACCUUUCCUACUCUGUAUACAUAGAAAAAAGUUUGUGCAUGCUUUCAGUUUUCAAAUUGUCCUGCUUAAAUGUACUUUAAAGCUUUGAUGAGCUACCUCUCUAAUUAAAUUUCUUUUUAUAUUCUCUAGUUUGAGAAUUGAAGUAAAA